UGGGAGAAUUAGUCUACUUAUUAUUCUGGAGUAUCUUCAUCACAAUGGGACAGUUCUUGUUUGGCUAUCUAACAAUGUCAAAUAAUGUUCUAUGGGAUUUUACUCCUUGAAUUUUUGAUUUCAACCCCGCUACCAGGAGGACAUUCAAUACAAUUGCAAGUAUUCUCUUCCCUAUUAUGGCAGCAGUUGGAGGAGCUAUCUCAUGGAGAAUCUCAAGACACGGAAAGAGGAAAGCUCUUCUAAUUUCAAGCUCCAUAUCAUUAUUUGGAAGUUUUCUACUGUUCAUACAAUCAUGGUAUUCAUUGGUGAUUGCAAGAGUCAUAACAGGAUUUGCUUUUGGGAUUUCGAACGCAGUGUCUCCUCUUUUUGUUUAUGAAAUUGCUAGAGCAAAAUACAUAGAAUAUUUUAUAGUCUGCUUUCAAGUAUGGCAGAACAUUGGCUUUCUAUCACCUCUCAUAUUCAGUUUCUUUUUACCCAUGGAUAAAGUUCCAGAGUUUAUUGAUAUAAAUUAUUGAUUGGACCUUGAAGAGCAUGAGAUAAUUUGGAGAGAAGUCUAUUCAGUUGUCCCAGUUGCAGCUGCUAUCCAGAUAAUUGCUCUAUUAUUCGUCUUUAGAAGGGAAAAUCCUUUAUACGUUCAACAUCAGAGAUCAAGAGCAUAUUCUUUUCCGGCCUCUACCGAGGAAGUACGAGGAGGGUCUAUAGUACCCAAAAUUAAUAGUUCUUUUGAAUCCCAACAAUCCUUUGAAAGAUCAGAGUCACUGCUUGAAAAAGAUACUUGGAGCAAUCUAUGGGCAAAGGCUGAGUGGAGAAAGGUAGUUGCUUGAGUGUUAAUAAGAUCUUUUCAGCAAUUAACAGGUGUAAAUAUUGUUCAAAACUAUGCUCUUUCAUUCUUCUUUUAAUACUGAACUUACUGUCUUAAAUCUCAGAUUCUUGACCUUCACAGGGGCCCUUAUUAUGGCCUUUGUUGCAAUAAUUUUCAUGAAAAUUUUUGGCAGGAAAACCUUGUUUUCAUAUGGGCUGAUUAUCCUUUGUUUUUGAUCAUGAAUUCUUUUCCAAUUUACAGACCAGCUGACUGUAGAAAAUUCAAGAGUCCCUAUUUGGAGAACGAUCCCAAAUUUUUUAAGUUUUAUAUUCAUUCUGAUAUUCAUGUUCACAUUCUGGUUUACUCUAGCCUCCACUCCAUUGAUGUAUUGAAGCGAGGUGCUAACUGAUAAGGGAAUGUCAAUCAUGGUGGCUUGUCAUUGGACAUUAAACUCAUUUAUGAGAGUUUUACCAUCUAUAAACAUGGCUAUAGUUGAUUUAUUUGGAGUUGUUACACGAUUUAGGACUGCCAACUCUAUCUUCUUAUUUAUUUUCAGCGGUAUGUGCAUGCUCGGCUUCAUCUGAACAACCUUAUACAUCAAGGAGACAAAAGGCAAAGCUCGAGAAGAAGUUACUAAGGAUUAUGAAACAGAGAUGUUCCAGUUUGAAGAGCCUCGAAUUUUUGAAGAUUAGAUAACAUCAUCAUCAAAAUAUAUGUAUUUUUCUUCAGAUAAUUCCUCUCUAUAUUUAGAAGUAAUAAUAUUUAAUGAACCAAAAGUUUCAAAAUA